GGUCAGUGACGGCACACGCCGGUUUGCCCGCCUCCCGUCCCGCCUCCAGGCCCGCCUCCACUGCUCCUGCCAUGCUGCUGGCCUGGGUGCGGGGGGUCGCUGCGCGCCGCCUCUGCCGCGAUGUCCCGCUGGCCUGCAGCUGCUCGGCGCAGCGGCCCUCGCCGCGGGGCUACAGCCGCGGGGCGGGCGGGAAGGGUCUUGUUCUGGGAAUCUACUCAAGUGAAAAAGAUGAAGGUGCUGCCCAGUUCACUAGUGCAGGAGAUGCUUUUGAUAGACUCGUGUCUGGAAAGCUGAGAGAACUUCUGUCUGUAUGUGGGCCACCUUUGAAGAAAGGCAAAACGCGCGUAUUCCAUGGUUUGCAUCAGGACUUUCCGAGUGUGGUUGUAGUUGGGUUGGGUAAGAAGGAUGCUGGAGUAAAUGACCACGAAAACUGGAAUGAAGACAAAGAAAAUAUUCGUGCAGCUGUAGCAGUUGGUUGUAGACAAAUCCAAGACCUGGAGAUCCCUUGUGUUGAAGUAGACCCCUGUGGAGAUGCUCAAGCAGCUGCGGAAGGUGCUGUCCUCGGACUGCAUGAAUAUAAUGAGUUGAAGCAAAAAAAGAAACCUGUAAUUACUCCUCAGCUUCAUGGAAGUGCGGAAAGAGAAGCCUGGCAAAAAGGUGUUACCUACGCUGAGGGUCAGAACCUCGCUCGGUACCUUAUGGAGGCUCCAGCUAAUUAUAUAACUCCAAUCAAAUUUGCUGAACAUAUCGAACAGAAGCUCAGGAAUUUCAGCACUGUGAAGGUCCAUAUAAGAGCGGAGUCUUGGAUAGCGACCCAACAGAUGGGAGCGUUCCUGAGUGUAGCGAAGGGUUCGGCUGAACCUCCCGUCUUUUUGGAGAUUAACUAUGCAGGUGGUGCUAAUACAAAUGACUCCCCGCUGGUAUUUGUAGGAAAAGGAGUGACAUUUGACAGUGGGGGCAUUUCACUGAAGCCAUCAUCUGGUAUGGAUGCGAUGAGAGCAGAUAUGGGAGGGGCAGCGACUGUCUGUUCAGCCAUUGUGACAGCAGCAGCUUUAAAUCUACCUCUUAACAUAAUUGGUUUGGCACCCCUCUGUGAAAAUAUGCCCAGUGGGAAAGCAAACAAGCCUGGGGAUGUAGUUAGAGCCAAGAAUGGAAAAACAAUACAGGUAGAUAACACAGAUGCAGAAGGAAGACUGCUGUUAGCUGAUGCUCUCUGUUAUGCCCACAAUUUUAAUCCAAGGGCUAUUGUGAAUGCUGCAACAUUAACAGGUGCCAUGGAUGUGGCAUUGGGGUCCGCUGCGACUGGAGUGUUCACAAACUCCCCUUGGCUUUGGAGUCACCUUUAUGAGGCCAGCAUUGUGACAGGAGACAGAGUUUGGCGAAUGCCUCUUUUUGAACAUUACACGAAACAAGUAACAGACUGUCCUCUUGCAGAUCUGAGUAACAUUGGCAAGUACAGCAGAGCUGGAGGAGCGUGCACAGCUGCUGCGUUCCUGAAGGAGUUUGUGACUGCCCCGCACUGGGCUCAUUUGGAUAUAGCCGGUGUGAUGUCGAAUAAAGAUGAGGUGCCGUAUCUUCGCAAAGGCAUGGCAGGGCGGCCUACAAGAACACUGGUAGAGUUUGCGGCUCGAUUAAGUCAAGACAGUCGUAAUACCAAAUAAAAUACUUAAUCUAAAAUCAUGCACUCUGCCUUAAGAGAAGUAUUCAUAUAUGAAUGUCCCCAGUGGAUCUUCACUAUGGCAAUGAACUACAGAUGCAUUUUAUAAAUAAUUACUUAGGUAAGAAUAUCUCACUUUUGAGACUUGUCAUCGCAUAUUAUGCAGUUUGAAAUAAUAUUCCAUUUGACCUAUUGAUAUAUUUGUACCAAAAUAUGGUGAUGGAAAGCAUCUCGUUUUAUAUAUAAAGUAAGCAGAAUUAUUGCAAACAAUGAA